GGGAAAGGUGCAACGGCAUGGGCAUCGGGGGACGGACGGAAAGGAGCACCGGGAUGAGCAGCACGUUGACCGGUUCCAUGCACCCCGCCUGGGUUAUGGCCAAGGCGUAGCGUAGCAAGAAUGGAAAGCACCGUAAGGAACCAACAGCUAAGCCUCUCUACACUCUCUCCCCUCCUCUCUCCUCUCCUCUCCUCUCCUCUCCUCUUGUUAAGGAGGUCUCUCUUGCGACGGUUAGGGUUUGACGCGCAACAGGCACGAGGCUAGCCCAGGCACCGAAAUUCUUCGAGGGCCCCCUCCACACAAGCGGGCAAAAAGUCGUCUGAUUCCUCGUCCACCGCCAACUCACCCAAAGCCCCCAGCAAAGAUGUCGCACAGGAAGUUCGAGGCCCCCCGUCACGGUUCGCUUGGUUUCCUGCCCCGCAAGAGGGCUGCCCGUCACAGGGGAAAGGUCAAGUCCUUCCCUAAGGACGACCAGUCCAAGCCCAUCCACUUGACCGCUUUCCUCGGUUACAAGGCUGGUAUGACCCACACCGUCCGUGACCUCGACCGUCCCGGAUCCAAGAUGCACAAGCGUGAGAUCGUUGAGGCCGUCACCAUCAUCGAGACUCCCCCUAUGGUCAUCGUCGGUGUCGUCGGGUACGUCGAGACCCCCCGUGGUCUCCGUUCCCUCACCACCGUCUGGGCUGAGCACUUGUCCGACGAGCUCAAGCGUCGCUUCUACAAGAACUGGUACAAGUCUAAGAAGAAGGCUUUCACCAAGUACGCCAAGAAGCACGCCGAGGGCGCCCAGGCCGUCACUCGUGAGCUCGAGCGUAUCAAGAAGUACUGCCAGGUCGUCCGUGUCCUCGCUCACUCCCAGGUCCGCAAGACUCCCUUGGUUCAGAAGAAGGCCCACCUCAUGGAGGUCCAGGUCAACGGUGGUUCCAUCUCCCAGAAGGUCGACUGGGCCCGCGAGCACUUCGAGAAGACCGUCGACAUCAACGCUGUUUUCGAGCAGGACGAGAUGAUCGACGUUAUCGGUGUCACCAAGGGUAAGGGUUUCGAGGGUGUCACCGCCCGUUGGGGUACCAAGAAGCUUCCCCGCAAGACCCACAAGGGUCUCCGUAAGGUCGCUUGUAUCGGUGCCUGGCACCCGGCCCACGUUACCUGGACCGUCGCCCGUGCCGGUCAGCGUGGUUACCACCACCGUACUUCCGUCAACCACAAGAUCUACCGUAUCGGAUCCGGUGUUGACGAGAAGAACGCCUCCACUGACUUCGAUGCUACCACCAAGCAGAUCACUCCUCUCGGUGGUUUCGUCCGUUACGGUGAGGUUAAGAACGACUUUGUCAUGAUCAAGGGUUCCUGCCCUGGUGUUGUCAAGCGUGUCUUGACCCUCCGCAAGUCCCUCUUGGUUCACACUUCCCGCCGUGCUACCGAGAACGUCGCCCUCAAGUUCAUCGACACCUCCUCCAAGUUCGGUCACGGUCGUUUCCAGACCGCCGAGGAGAAGGCUACUUUCUUGGGUACCCUCAAGGGUCAGGCUUAA